UGCCGACAGCCGCAUCGCCGUGACCACAGCGGCACCAUGGCGGCGUGCAGGAGCAGCUUCUGCUGCGGCUCCGGUCCGCUCAACGAGGACAACGCGCGCUUCCUGCUGCUGGCGCUGUUCAUCGUGCUCUACCUGCUGUGCGGCGCCGCGGUGUUCUCCGCGCUGGAGCAGCCGAAGGAGCGCGAGGCGAAGGCGCGCUGGGCGCAGAGGUUCGAGCUGUUCAGCCAGAGGUUCAACCUGAGCGAGAACGACCUGAACGACUUCCUCCGGAACUACGAGGAGGCGAACGGAGCGGGCAUCCGCGUGGACACGGUCCGGCCUCGGUGGGACUUCGCCGGCGCGUUUUACUUCGUGGGAACUGUGGUGUCCACCAUUGGGUUUGGGAUGACCACUCCUGCCACCAUCGGAGGAAAGAUCUUCCUGAUGUUCUACGGCCUGCUCGGCUGCGCGGCCACCAUCCUCUUCUUCAACCUCUUCCUGGAGCGCGUCAUCACCGUCAUCGCCGUGGCCCUGAAGUCCUGCCACGAGCGACGCCACAACAACGCCGCGCUGCCUCCAAAUGGCCAGCGGCCCUCCGGUGGCGGAGCAGGGAAAGGACAGGACCUGGCUGGCUGGAAGCCUUCGGUCUACUGCGUCAUGCUCAUUCUUGGAGCGGCGGCCGUCUUGGUGUCCUGCUGCGCCUCGCUCAUGUACUCGGCAGCCGAGGACUGGGACUACCUGGACUCGCUGUACUUCUGCUUUGUAGCCUUCAGCACCAUCGGUUUUGGAGACAUGGUGAGCAGCCAGCGGGUCGUCUACGAGGGCCACGCCACGGCCGCGUAUCGGCUGGGCAACUUCGUCUUCAUCGUGACCGGCGUCUGCUGCAUCUACUCCCUCUUCAACGUCAUCUCCAUUGUCAUCAAGCAGGUCCUCAACUGGCUGCUGGGGAGGCUGGAGGCUCCCUGCCUCUGCUGCUUGCCCAGUAGGGGUCACCACACCCACCGGCGGAACGUGGUGGCCCCGGGUCACCUGCGCGCCCGCAGGCACCCCUCCAUCGAGAUGGACGCCAUCAACGACAGUGAGACUGACGCAGGGCGCAGGAUGUCUGGAGAGAUGAUCUCCAUGAGGGACUUCCUGGCAGCCAACAAGGUGAAUCUGGCCAUUAUGCAGAAGCAGCUUUCCGAGAUGGCCAUCGGGCAUCCGCGCCAGUCCGGCUCCCGCCAGAACGGCUUCUCGGGAGGGGUGGGCGCCCUCGGCAUCAUGAACAACCGGCUGGCGGAGACCAGCGUGGACAGAUAGGCAAACAGCCCGAGUCCUUUCCAAAGGGGGACAAGAGGACGAGGCAUAGGGACCGUUGACCCCGAGGACGACCUCCCUGUAAAACAGAAGACCUGGGAUGUGUACAAGACUGAAAUUUAUGCGUGAUUCAUAUUUUCAAGCUGACCUCUGGCAGACGCCCACUCCACGAACACGGCGGCAUGAAUGAUCCACGGUAGUUUUCUGGAGUCUCACAUCUGGACCCGGCUCAGUGUGCCGGAAUGAAGUCAGUUUCCAUGGUAACGCAAAGCGGGUGCGAGACAUGCUUCCACUCAUCCGUCGUCCUUCGUGGUCACCGUGGGUCUGACAUAGAGACGUGGAUUCACGUUGAGUUAUUACAUAACGCUGGUUGACACGAGGAGCCCAAUGCGUGGAUAAUCGAAUGUUUACCUUUAAUGCAGAACUCGUAAUGUCACGAUUACCAAAUGUAAAAUGUCAAAGUAUAAAUAUAUCAAUGGCAUUCUCAUUCACUUAAUCCACGUCUGUA